AUGCGGAGUGCAUGGUUCAACACUUCGCAGGACUUGUCGACGACCAUCGGGUGGAGUGGUCAAGGCAAGCAGAAUGAUCUUGAGGGCGAGAAGGAAGGUGCAGGCAAAGCAUGCACCGCAGUUGUUGGAGAGGCUAUGCUCACCGGUGGGGAGGCCGGGCACGGAGGCGACAAAAGGAGCUCCCAUGCCAAGGACCUCCGUGACCUGUCCCUUGUCGCCGUCGACAUCCUCAAGAUUCGUGUGGCAGCUGCCGGCGGCAAGGUGAAGGAAGCACUCCAGAAAGACAAGAAAGGUACGGAGGAGGCGCUCGGCCUCAGGUAUUGCCAGGUGGACUACGAUGUCACUAUCGGCACCCUCGAUCUCUGCGACGCCAUGCUCAGGGACUUCCAUGUCCCCAGGGGCGACGCAGACUGCCUGUGGUCCUUUGAACUGCCCGAGUGUGUGGAGAAGGCGACUGACCAUGUCAGCGACUGCUGGCAUGAUCUUCACAUGGAUAGCCAGCCACUUAUCAACGAAAACAAGGAGCUGAUCAAGCUGGGUGACCUCAACAAUGUCUUGCUAGGGCCAUAUGACUUUGAUAGUUAA